GAAAAAACCCAGCCUGUCGUGAAGGGUACCCCUUUUGACAGGUCCAGCACGAGGGGCCGGCGCAGGCGCCACCGAGCGACAGGUCCUCCGCCGCCGCGAGCUCCUGCUGUCCGUCGGUGCAGCUGGCGGGGCUGGAGCCGCCUUCCGGACGGUUCAUCUUCUUCGGCGAGCAAGGUCAGUCCGGCCGUGGUGCGGGCACUGUCAGUUGCUAAGGAGUCUUGUCGCCCCCCUGUACCGCAGCUGCAAUGAAGAUACAGAAAGCAAAUGCAGGGAUUCUUACUAACUUUGAAGUUCUUGACUUCUUGCAAACAAGAGGUGCCAAAGUUGACCCUAUGGGAUGCUUGGGGGCUGUUGCUGCAUCAGAGUGUAAGGUGUAUGAGUACCUCUUAAAAACCCCUGCUUGCAACCAGACAAGGGAAUCAAUUUAUGAAUUUGUGAAGAGAAGUGAGGGAUUCAAGCUUGCAGAAGCUGAUAAGCUAAAUGUCAUCAACUGGAGACCAUCCUCAGCUGCCGAUGCUUAUGCGAUGAUAGAAGAAUGUGGGAAACGAUUUUCCAAGGACGACCAAGGAGAAGCAUGUGACGAAGACGAGCGGGUCCAGGAGUUUUUGGAUAUGGUGAAGGAGGUUUUGCCACCACCCCCACCUAAGGCAGAGGCAGAGGCAGAGGCGGUGCAGGAGUGAAUGUGGUGUUAAUUGACAUACUUAAGGGUUAGAUCGCCCGAGAUACAUGUAGCUCUAUUUUAGUAUUAUAUAGGCAGCUCUCUUGCCUGUUCGUCCUUAGAAAGUUUGUACCGACUGCAUUUUCUAUUGCAACCUGUAGAACAUUCAGAAGACCUGAGUGUUAAGUUAUGGGAGUUUUGUAUUUUGUUCCUUAAAGAUUUUUUUAUUUUUUAUUUUUACUUGACAGCAUUUAUCACAUUCCAACACUCGGCAACA